AUGGUAGACUCAUCUUCAUCCGCGGAACAGUCGGAAGCACUGCUACAGCAUGACAUGAUCCUCGUCGAUAAGACGGUCGUGCUCACUCUAAACACCAGCUCACUUUUGAUUGUUGACCAUCGCAAACCUGGACAAUCGCAACGCAAAUACUGUGGGCUAUUUAAGUCAAAUCCACCAUCCAAGACCAAACAUGACAUAUCAUUAUACCAUAUCCUUGCCGCCGAAGUAGCUGCCUCGAGCUUGGUCAUCACCUAUGCCGCUCCCUCGGGCAAAGACGCAGUCACCGCCGCCGUCCUCCAAUAUCCCAUUGUCGAUAAAGAGAAACCUGCCGUCACAGUAUGGGUGAAUGAACUACUCAACCUGGUCUACGAAAAUGCACUACGCGGGAAACGUUUGAAGGUUUUGAUCAAUCCAUUCGGCGGAAAAGGAACGGCUGCGAGCCUUUACCACAAACAGGCAGCACCUAUCUUUGCUGCUGCUCAGUGCAAAGUGGAUGUGCAAACGACUGAGAGUAGUGGACACGCCAUAAAUAUUGCGGAACAACUCGACAUUAACGCCUAUGACGCCAUCGUCUGUUGCUCCGGCGAUGGUUUGCCGUACGAAGUCUUCAACGGCCUGGGCAAACGACCUAAUGCACGAGAGGCUCUGGCUAAGGUUGCUGUUGUUGCGCUACCUUGUGGCUCUGGUAACGGUAUGGCAUGGAACUGCCUGGGAACGGGAAGUGUGUCGAUUGCUGCACUGGCAAUCGUGAAGGGUCUAAGAACACCCUUGGAUCUGAUUUCGGUCACGCAGGAAAAUUCUCGCACACUCUCCUUCCUGUCUCAAUCGUUUGGUAUCAUUGCCGAUGCGGACCUUGGCACAGAUAAUAUUCGAUGGAUGGGUGCACAGCGAUUCACAUAUGGAUUUCUCGUCCGCCUGUUGCAACGCACAGUUUAUCCCUGCGACUUGGCUAUCAAGGUCGAGAUCGAUGACAAGAAUGCGAUCAAGGACCACUACGCUGCAUAUGCAGCUCGUGAAAAGGAUCAUCUGCUCGAUGUCAGCCGCAUCGAGGCUGCGGAAAAGUCGCCGGAGCUUCCAGAGCUUCAGUUCGGGACAGCGUCAGACCCACUUCCCCAGGACUGGGAAGUCGUUCCCGGACAGCGGAUGGCCAACUUUUACGCAGGCAAUAUGGCGAUCAUGUCCGAGGAUACCAAUUUCUUCCCUGCUUCUCUCCCGGGCGAUGGAUUCAUGGAUGUUGUGACGGUUGACGGAACUGUCAGCCGCAUGACAACGCUCCAAAUGAUGAAUGAAAUCCCUACUGGUGGAUUUUUCAGUAUGCCUGAUGUGAUAAUCCGCAAGGCCACUGCAUUUCGCCUUGUGCCACAUAAAAAAGAAGGGUAUAUCAGUAUCGAUGGUGAACGUAUUCCCUUCCAAGCGUUCCAAGCUGAGGUUCAUCAGGGUCUGGGCACAAUACUCACCAAGUCAGGGCAUUUGUAUGAAGCCAAAGGGCCAAAAUGA